GCAGAUCAAAAUCCUGUUGGAUCACCUGAAUAUGAUCCAAGGACUCUUUAUAUUUCAAAAGAAGAUUGGAAAGCGAUGACACCUUUUGAAACCCAAUUUUGGGAAAUCAAACAAAGGCACUUUGAUACUGUUCUCUUUUUCCAGAAAGGGAAAUUUUCCGAACUUUAUGAAGGUGAUGCGAUGAUUGGUCAUCGAGAAUUUGAUCUGAAGAUCACCAAACGUGUCAAGAUGUCUAUGGUGGGAGUACCUGAAACAUCCGUAGAUUUCUGGAUCGCUAAAUUUCUUGCAAAGGGAUACAAAGUAUGUAAAGUAGAUCAAUGUGAAACGGCUCUAGGAGCCGAAAUGAGGAACAAAGGAAGUCUUCCGAGUUCGAAAUCUGCUAAAUCACAACCUAAACCUAAACCUGGUGCCAAGGAAAUCGUACGAAGAGAAUUGAGAAGUGUGGUGACUUCGGGUACGAUUGUGGAUGGGAAUAUCUUGACUGAUGAUGCUGCUACUUGUCUUAUGGCCAUCAAAGAGACCAUAGGAGAAUCUGGCUUACCAAUAUUUGGUGUGGUCAUCUUGGAUGCUUCAACUGCUGAAUUCAACUUAUCAUACUUUGACGAUUCAGCCAAUCGAACUCAUCUAGAAACGAUCAUGAGUCGAUUUCGACCUAAAGAAAUCGUUCAUGAGAAAUCCGGAUUAACGACUUCUACCAUUAGAGUAUUAAAAAACAUUGCAUCUUCAGAUUGUACUUGGACCAUUUUGAAAUCCAAUGAAUUUUUACAAAUUGAUGAAUGUAUGGAGAAACUUUCUGAAUUGUUUGGAGAAGUUAACAAACCGAUUCCCGAGGCUAUUUCUGCUUUUCAUUCGAAACCUGAAACUAUGAUGGCUUUGGGAGGUUUGUUAUGGUAUCUUGGACAACUUAAUUUGGAUAAAGAGUUGCUUAGCUGUGAUAAUGUGAAAGUACUGGAUGUCUUUCGACCAACGGAAACUAUGCAACUCGAUGGUAAAACGAUCUCGGAUCUUGAACUACUUCAAGGUGACCUUGGAGAAGAUAGCCGUCUUUUGAAACUUCUCAAUCGAUGUAUCACUCCUUUCGGUAAAAGACUCUUUCGACAUUGGUUAUGCUCACCUCUUCAAAGUGCUAGUGCGAUCGAAAUGAGAUUAGACUCUGUUACAUAUUUGAUUGAACAUCCAGACUUUGUGGAUCAAUUUGGUACCCUAACUGGAUUACCAGAUCUUGAAAGGUUAAUCAGUCGAAUUCAUGCAGGAUCAUGUACGGUGAAAAACUUUUUAAAAGUCUUAAAAUCGUUUUCAAAGAUUCAAACUACACUUGAAACUUUAAAAACGACGAUUGGAGAUGAUCCACCUAAGAUUCUUGAAGAACUUAUUAAAAAAGUACCUGAUGUGGCUCAAUUGAUCAUUGAUAUUGAAGAAAUGUUUACAUUAGAUGAAGAAAAGAAAGAUUUACUUCCAUUAGAAGGUAAAGAUGAAUUAUAUGAUGCAGCCAUUGAAGAAGAAAGAGAAGCUGAAGGAAGUUUAGAUGAUGAAUUAGAAGCAGCGAAAAAACUUCUCAAAUCAAAAGAUGUGGUAUAUAAACAUAUUGGAAUUAAAGAUAUUUAUCAAAUUCAAGUACCUGGUAAAAUCAAAGCACCAUCUAAUUGGACUAAGAUGUCAGGUACGAAAGAUUGUGCAAGGUAUUAUAGUCCUCAAUCUGCUCAACUGGUUAAAAAAUUAAAACAAGCUAGAGAAAAGAAAACUUCGGCUUUGAAAGAUUUUCAUCUGAGAGUCUUUGCACUUUUUGACCAAAGUUAUCCCGAUUGGCUUUUGACCGUCAAAACCGUAGCCGAGAUCGAUUGUUUGAUUUCGUUAGCACAAGCUUCAAUGGCGAUUGGAGAACCGAGUUGUCGUCCUGAGAUUCUAGACUUACCACAAGCUGAACUUGGAUUUGAAUCUUUAAGACAUCCAUGUGCAGUGGGACGUGAUGAAUCUGAUUUUAUUGCGAAUGAUGUGAUUGUAGGAGGUGAUGAAUGUAGAAUGAUCCUUUUAACCGGACCUAACAUGGCUGGAAAAUCAACACUCUUGAGGAUGACUUGUGUAGCUGUCAUCAUGGCUCAGUUAGGAUGUUAUGUUCCAGCUACGAGUGCUCGGAUCUCACCUGUUGAUAGGAUUUGCACCAGGAUGGGCGCAAGUGAUCACAUCUUUGCGCAUGCGAGUACUUUUAAAGUCGAGAUGGAUGAUGCUAAAAAGAUUCUCAGCGAAGCUACACCCAAGUCGCUGAUGAUCCUUGAUGAGCUUGGAAGGGGUACAAGUACCUUUGAUGGACAUGCCAUAGCUUUUGCAGUACUUCAUCGAUUGGCAACUCAUUGUAGUUGUUUAGGAUUCUUUGCGACUCAUUAUUCGGCUCUUAAUGAAGAUUUCGCUCAUCAUCCUAAUAUUGCUUCAAAGUAUAUGUUAACAAAGGUAGAUGAAGAAACAAGAGAGGUUUUGUUUCUUUAUAAACUUACAAAUGGAGUUUCACCUAAAUCAUAUGGACCACAUGUAGCUAAGAUGGGAGGAAUACCGGAUGAGAUUGUGAAACGAGCGAUCAUGAUUAGUGAAGAAUUCGAGUUAAAAUCGAAAUCUAAACAAAUCGAAAAUCAUAAGAUUAAUAAGAUCAGUUUAACUUUACAAGCCGAUAUUUCAUAUUUGAUUAAAAGUUUAUCGAAUUUGAAUUUAUUGAAGAAUGAUGAUCAUCAGAAGAAGAUGGAUGGAAACGAUCAAAGUUUAUGGAUGCAUAGAUUGGAAGUUUUGAAUCGGAUUAAAUUAGGGUUUGUUAAGGAAAAACAAUCGAGGAAUUGA